AUGGAGGGACCUGAAAUUGAUAUCGCCCAUUUCCAGAAAUGGAAGCUCUCUAAAGCCAUCAUCAUCGAGACUGACAUGAGCGAGCAAGUCCAGCAAGAAGCUAAGGAGUGCGUCACCACUGGUAUUGAUAAGGCUUCCGGCUCUCGCGGUCUUAACAUCGAGAAAGCUUGCAAGUUCAUUAAAGAGCUCAUGGAUAGACAAUUCGGAACAUACUGGCACUGAAUCAUUGGAGAAGGUUUCUCAUUCGAAAUCGAGAGACAAGCCAAAGCUACACUGUAUAUGUACUAUGCUGGAAAAUUUGCUAUUUUGCUUUACAAGUGCUAG